CCGCAGAGAAACACUGGGAGGACGAUCUCGAUCUUGACACCGCCCAUCUGUCUCCGGGUCUACAUCCCGGGUUGGCAGACAGCGAAAGCGGGAUGGACAACGACAAUGAAUUGGAGUUGACCAUACAACCACCUAAACUUGAAUUGGGUGAAGACGAGGAACAACCUGGGGGAGUGUUUUGGAAAUUCGACGCCAAAAUGCAAUUGCUGGAGGCCUAUGCGGAGGAGAAUAGCAGAUAUCUCGAGGAGCUGCACGAGCGCUACGUGGUGCCCCACGCAGCCAUGCACACGGCAAGCGUACUCAAACUGGGCCAGGCCUUGCGCAAACAACAUCGGUUUAUACAACAA